AUCUACAUGAACUUGUACUGGCUUAUGAGGGAUUCUUGCCCCAUCCAAUAUGGCGGAUGUGCUGACGGAUGGCAGCCGUAAAACGACAUCUGAAGGCGUCUCUUCCCCGUCUUAACUUCUGAAUUACGUUUAUGGACAAGCCAUAGUUUCCAGAGGUUAGUGUGCAAGGCUGCGAGUCUUCGUAUGUGUGUCAAAUUCACCGGGUUGGCAGAAAAGAUGGCCAGACCAAGCUCAGAUUUAGCAGCAUUUCGUAAAGACUUUACUAAAGCCAAGCACAUAGCGAUAAUCACUGGAGCUGGCGUCAGUGCUGAGAGUGGAGUCCCAACCUUCAGAGGAGCUGGUGGCUACUGGAGGAAGUGGCAGGCUCAGGAUUUGGCCACCCCUGAAGCAUUCUCUCGUGAUCCAUCACUUGUUUGGGAGUUUUAUCACUAUAGGCGUGAGUUUCUGACCACAGGACUGCUUUUGCCAAGAUUCACAAUGUGUCCAAAGGUGUGUGGAUGCCUGACCAUCAUGCCCAUAUGUGUUUGUUAAACAUCCCACUCAAGAUUUAUUGCCCUCUUUAGUGCCCUUUUCCACUAUUCUGGUUAUGCAAAGCAAGGAGCCAAAUCCAGCCCACCUGGCUAUUGCCGAGUGUGAGGCCCGCCUCAGUCAGCAGGGCCGCUCUGUAGUCGUCAUUACUCAGAAUAUUGAUGAGCUGCACCGGCGAGCAGGUUCCAAAAAUGUUCUGGAGAUCCAUGGUAGUCUGUUUAAAACUCGCUGCAUGAGCUGUGGUGAAGUCAAGGCAAACUAUAAGAGCCCCAUAUGCCCUGCUUUGGAGGGGAAAGGAGCACCUGAUCCCAAAGCCAAAGAUGCCAGAAUACCAGAAAAACAUCUGCCCAGAUGUGAGGUGCAGGGCUGUGGAGGUCUUCUGAGGCCUCAUGUGGUGUGGUUUGGAGAAUCACUGGAUCCUGAUAUUCUGGCCAGAGUGGAUCAAGAGCUGGAUAGAUGUGAUCUCUGCUUAGUGGUGGGUACCUCCUCGAUAGUUUACCCAGCAGCCAUGUUUGCUCCUCAGGUGGCAGCUAGGGGAGUGCCUGUGGCUGAAUUUAACAUGGAAUGCACACCUGCCACCAUGCGCUUUAUGUUUCAUUUUGAGGGUCCGUGUGGCAGCACACUACCUCCUGCCCUGGCACCCCAUGAAAGCGAGAGUGUCUGAGGAAUCCACCAGUCCAAAGCGCCUGGUCCAGCACUUUAUAACAAACAGCACAUCUUUAGCGUUGUGUUCUUUUAUUUCCCGUCACUGAAUUUGUGUUUUAUUUGACAUGAAAUCAAAAUUUGAUCUUUGACAAAAAUUAAUAAAAUUCCAUCUAUGCCCUUAA